AUGCUCGUCAAGUUCACCACUCUGGCCCUCGCUGCCUCCAGCCUCGUUGCUGCUCAGACCUUCACGGAGUGCAACCCCCGUGAGAAGAAGUGCCCUGAUGACCCGGCUCUGGGCUCCUCCAUCACCGUCGACUUCACCAAGGGCAAGAACAGCUUCUUCAAGGUUGCCGAUGGCACCAGCCUGACCUACGACGGCUCCAACGGUGCCGUCUUUGCCUGCGGCAAGGAGACUGACGCUCCCACCAUCACCUCGUCCAAGUACAUCUUCUUCGGCAAGGUCGAGGUCGUCCUGCAGGCCUCCAACGGCCAGGGUGUCGUGACCUCGGUCGUCCUGCAGUCGGACGACCUCGACGAGAUCGACUGGGAGUGGCUCGGCGGCGACACCACCCAGGUCCAGACCAACUACUUCGGCAAGGGUGACACCACCACCUACGACCGCGGCGGCUUCUCGCCCAUCGCCAACCCCCAGAGCAGCUUCCACAAGUACACGAUCGACUGGACCAAGGACAAGGUCGACUGGCUCAUCGACGACAAGGUCGUCCGCACCCUGACCUAUGCCCAGGCCAAGGGCGGCAGCACCUUCCCCCAGACCCCCAUGCAGAUCAAGCUCGGCACCUGGGUCGCCGGCCGCAAGGACGCCCCCAAGGGCACCGUCGAGUGGGCUGGUGGCUACACCACCUUCGGCUCGGAGCCCUUCAAGGCCUUCUACAAGAGCGUCACCAUCACCGACUACUCCAAGGGCGCCACCAGCUACACGUACGGCGACAAGACGGGCUCGUGGGAGAGCAUCAAGAUCAACAAGGACGGCUCCAACAACAGCGAGCAGAGCGACAGCUCUUCCUCCAGCUCCGCCUCCUCCAGCAGCGCCGCCUCGAGCACCAAGACCUCGAGCUCCGCCGCGUCCAGCAGCACCGGCAACUCGUCCUCGACCGCCACCACCAUGAGCACCUCGUCCACCGGCGCCUCCACCAAGACCUCGGCCAGCCAGACGGGCUCCCCCAGCUCCACCAAGUCUUCCCCCACCGGCGCCGCCACCACCACGCCCGCCACUACCACUAACAGCGGUGCCCGCGCCGCUGCCAACGUCGUCGCCGCCGGCGCCGCUCUCUUCCUGACCUACAUCGUCCUGUAA